AUGAGCUCUCACUCCCAGGCUAUUCCUAUUGUGGAAGAGACCCAGAAUCCCGAUUACGAUCCGAAAAAAUUUUAUCCUGCCCGCAUCGGAGAGACUUUACACAGCAAAUACUGCCUAAUCUCGAAGCUUGGGUUUGGAAGUGGCUCAACCGUCUGGCUAGCCAAAGACGUCUCGCGAUGGCGUUGGCAGAGCAAUAAAUAUGUGGCGAUCAAAAUUACAAACUCGAAGCCCGAAGAUCGAACCGCCGCUCGAAAUGAAAUACAAAUUCACAGGCAGAUAUCACAAGUGCAUUCCAGCCAUGAGGGCCAGAACUUCGUGCGGCAGCUUGAGGAAUCAUUUGAGAUCAAAGGCCCAUUUGGCAGUCAUGAUUGUCUAGUGUUUGAGCCUCUGAGAGAGUCUAUCUGGAUGUUAGGCAGACGAUUUGGGCCAAUUGGAUUGCCACCACCCUUAGCUAAGGCAUUUCUCAGAGUCAUUUUGACCAGCCUAGAUUACUUGCACACUGAAUGUCAUGUAAUCCAUACAGAUCUAAAAGCUGACAACUUUAUUUUGGCAUUUGAGGACUCUGCUGUUCUUGAGGACUAUGUACAAGAACAAGACAGAAAUCCAGCAUCCUUUACAGAAAUUGAUGGUCGUCCCAUAUAUGAGUCGCGUCCUGAUUUUGGGCCUCUUAGGAAGGGUGUUGGAAGGCUCAAGACAAUUGAUUUUGGUACUGCUGUCUCUGGCGGUGUAUUGAAGCCACACAAUCAUGAUAUCCAGCCUCUACAGUUUUCUGCUCCUGAAGUCAUUCUUCGAGCCACAUGGACAUAUAGCACAGAUAUCUGGAAUCUGGGCACAAUGCUCUGGGAGAUAUUCACCGAAGCACCGCCAUUCAGCGGAUGUGGCCCUGGAAGCACCACAUAUUCAGUGGAAGCACAUCUAGCCCAAAUGAUCCGUCUGCUUGGACCUCCGCCACCGGAGUUGUUAUCCAGAGGCGACCCGGCAAUAGUUUCGCGCCUAUUUUCAAAAGAAGGCGAAUUUAAGUAUCCUCAUUUGAUUCCCCCUGAUGGAUACGGCCUCUCGAGCAUUACGCCCUUUCUCGAAGGUGAAGAUAAGCGACUUUUUUUGGAGUUCGCGAAACGGAUGCUUAAAUGGCUUCCAGAGCAGCGCGCUACCGCAGCAGAACUGAUUGAGGACCCCUGGUUAACCUUUAACCUGAAGAUUUGA